AUGGCGCACCUAAUCACCGGAAACAAAUUCGAGCCUAACAAGGACAUUCCAGACCUCAGUGGGAAAGUCUACAUCGUUACCGGUGGCACAGCAGGAAUUGGGUUUGGUAUUACCGCCCAUUUACUUCAGCACAAUGCCUCCAAGAUCCUGCUGCUAUCGCAAAAAGAGGAGCACGCCGAUGAAGCAAUAGAAGAGCUUAAGAAGUACGGUGAUGCUAGCAAGGUGCAUUGGGUCCAGUGUGAUUUGAAGGACCUGAAGAAGACGGAUGAAGUUGCAAAAAAGUUGACGAGCGAGAAGCAGAUUGAUGCUCUCAUCUGCAAUGCUGGCCAAGGUGUCGGAAAGUACAACGAAACAGUCGAUGGAAUAGACUCCCACUUCCAAGUCAAUCACCUUUCGCAAAUGCUUCUCGCUCUCACCCUCCUUCCCAAUCUUCAGUCGACGCCAGAUUCCCGCCUUGUCCUCCAAUCCUCCGACCUUCACCGUUCUCCUCUCUCCUCCACCAAAUUUGCAACCCUCGACGAGAUCAACACCGAUCUGGGACCAAACUCACUGUACUCACGCACCAAACUCGCCCAGAUACUGUUCGUACGCGCCCUCGUACGGCGCAUGCUCAACAACGAGCCUGGGUUCCAGAGCCCGAAGUAUAAUGGGCCGUGGAUAAAUGCCACACAUCCAGGUGGGGUCGCGACGGAUCAGCUAAAGCAGGCCGUGGACGCGUACGGAACGAUGGGGAAGGUUGGGGUGAAGGCCAUCAAACCGAUCAUGAAGGAUCCCGUGGAUGAAGGGUGCAGACCAGCGUUGUUUGCAGCAACGAGCGAGGACAUCACGAAGGAGGGAAUCCAAGGGCAAUACAUCGUACCCGACCGCAAAGUCACCGAACCGUCGAAACAAGCACGAGAUGAGGAAUUGGGCGAGAAUCUAUGGCGUCUGAGCGAGCAGAUUUUGCAGGAGAAGCUGGGGAGUAUCCCAUACAAGCAGGAGCUAUAA